AUGUUCAACCUAUUUUACAUCCUGUUCUGCGCUCUUACCAUCUCUGCUUUUGCUGCUCCAUUAACUGAAGAGGAAGCAAGUGCGGAGCUUCGAGCAGCUGGAAUGACUCAAGCAAGUAUUGACGGAUUGGAUGCAUUGACCAAAAGAUUCUUUUCCGAAUUUCCAUUGGUCAAAUUCGAUAAAGAAACAACCAAUAAUUAUAUCGCCAAAUAUAGAACUGAUGCUGAGAACUACAUCAAAUCCAUGCCUGAAAAUGACCAAACCAUCUACAAUAUCUACCGGAAGAAAUAUGGACUUGCUUCAAUUUCUGACGUUUUUCUGAAAUAA